ACGCUCGGAACUUCGAGAGAGGUUCACAGGUGAUAUUAGUGCCGUCUUCUCGCCGAGGUGCCCUCCGAGACCGACCAGAAUACGGUUCGAGCCUAGAAGCCGGCAGCGCGCGAAAAUUCGAACCGGUGCCGUGUGGCUCUGUGCGGCCGCCUACGUUCCAAGAUUUAGCUUUGAUGUAAACACAAGCAUUUGUGACUCAUGAUUUUUCAAGUUUCCUGAUUUUUUCGGAAUAUCUGUGAAGAUCCGGUGGCCUGUGAACACCCAGGCUCCGCAGGCCUCUCAGGAAGACGUUAAGGGAAAAGUCACUUCUACUUCUGCUGAAUCGACGAGCACGGAAUCUGUUUGAAUUUUAGAAAUGGCGCGAACAGAAGAUGAAUACGACUAUCUUUUCAAAGUCGUUCUUAUUGGCGAUUCGGGCGUGGGCAAGAGUAACUUGCUAUCGCGGUUUACUCGGAACGAGUUCAACCUGGAGUCGAAGUCGACCAUCGGUGUUGAGUUUGCGACGCGUUCCAUCCAGGUAGAAGGCAAAACUGUGAAAGCUCAAAUUUGGGACACAGCUGGUCAGGAGCGAUACCGUGCCAUCACGUCGGCCUACUACAGGGGAGCCGUGGGCGCUCUUCUGGUUUAUGAUAUCGCCAAGCACAUCACCUAUGAACACGUCGAACGGUGGCUGAAGGAACUCAGGGACCACGCCGACCAUCACAUUGUCAUCAUGCUUGUAGGCAACAAAAACGAUCUUAGGCAUCUCAGAGCGGUUCCUACCGACGAGGCCAAGGCGUUCGCCGAGAAGAACAACCUCAAUUUCAUCGAGACCUCAGCUUUGGACAGCACUAACGUGGAGUCGGCCUUCCAGCAAAUUUUGACCGACAUCUACCACAUCGUAUCACGCAAGCAGAUGGCCAACGAUGGCGAUGCGGACAUUGCUGCGCUCAAAAACGAAAACAAGAUCACGAUUCCUCCAAAUGAGAGUCGCAAAGACCCGCCAGCAUCGAAAAAGUGCUGCAACCAGUAAUGAGUAACCUAGGUUACGAUUCUAUGAGGAGGUCUAUCGCAAAAACAAUGGAGCUACCAUCAUCAUCUACAGCAACGCUCAGCGUGGCCGCGGCGGCAACAACUACAACCUGAAAGGAACACAUGGGGAAAAAAGCCGGUGGUUGAAGCAAGAGCGUUGCGGAUUUCGAUGAUCGGGAAGAGGAGACCUGGUUGAACAGGAAAGCAGACGGACGUGCCGAAUGAUAUGAGCCGCUGCUGGAACUGACUUUGUAGUUGAGGCACUUUUUCAUAAAAAUACAAAAAGAGGAGAAAACAAAACGUAUACGUGAGAGGAGACGACCGCUGCAGACAGCUUAAAGUCGUCCACAACAUCACCAAAGGAAGUUCUCGGAGAGCCUUUGGACUCAGAGUCAACAUCGAAACGACGAAAAAAUUACGAAGAAUUCAAAGCCGGUGGAGACGGUGACCGCCUCUGACCACCAAAACUUCUAUCAAUUGCGAUUAGUCUGAACGGAGGAGAAUUAGGGAACAUGCCGGAGGAAACCAAGGAGAUAAUACUUAGAACCGAGAUAUUUUGUUAACAAUAAAAACUACAGGCUGACGCAUUUCUCAAA